AUGUCGAGCCAAGAUGGAGCCAACAACCAGCCCUUGGGACACACAUCCGAGGCUGACAAUGGGCGUGGACGAGGCACAGACCUCGGUCCCACGACACGAGCUAGAACACGCGCAACCGAGGCUCAAGCCGGGUCCGUAGAAGCACGUCUGCGGGCUCUCGAGGAGUCCGAGGUUGAGCAAGACGCACGCACGGACGGUCUGGAACAGGAGAUCUCCGCUGUGAGCGAAUCGACCAAACAUGUCCUAGACAACUUGGAGCAGCAAGCCCGAGCCGAUAGAGACAUGACCGACGAAAACUUUCGUCUUGUUCGUGAGAACCACGACCGCGAGGUAGGUGAUCUGCGUACCCUAGUCCAUAAUCUAACCCGUGAAUGCAGGUCUCUUCGUGAGAUGGUGCAGCAAGCCCCUGUCCAUGACCGAGACCACGCCCCAAGAGAGCAAGUCAUCCGAGGACCCGAGCCAAAACCCUACAAUGGAGCGAGGAACUCCUCUACGGUAGAGUCCUUUCUCUUUAGUAUGGAACAAUAUUUUGAGGGUGCAGGUGUUACGGGAGAGCUAGCUAAGGUCAAGGGCGCCGGGAACUACCUCCAAGAUCUCGCGCAAUUGUGGUGGAGAAGAACGUUGCUUGACCAAGAACGCCGGGUCACCACUUGGGACCAAUUCAAGGCAGCCUUGCGUCAACAGUUCGUGCCGUCCAAUGCACGGGACGAGAUACGGACACGCUUCCGUAGACUCCGACAAUCAGGAAGUAUCUCGGACUAUGUCCGAGAAUUCUCUUCUCUUUUGCUUGAAUUAGGUGAUGUGAGUGACCAAGACGCUCUCUUUCACUUCAAGGACGGGUUAAAAGACUUUGCCCGCCUAGAAGUGAAUAGGAGAGAAGCUAACACUUUGAAUGCAGCUAUUUCUGUUGUAGAGGGACUCACGGACUACAGCGUGGCUCGUCCGAACAACCCUCACAAGUCAAGGGACGGCAACAAGCCCCGGCACAAUCAUCCUCACCAAGGACCGCCACGUUCGGACAAGCCGGGCCAAGGAGGCUACAGUGGACAGAACAAGAAGUCCAAACCUCCCCCGAGUCCGUGCUUCCUUUGCCAAGGACCCCAUUGGGUCCGCGACUGUCCAAAGCAAAAGAAACUCAACGCCGUGACCGAUCAGCCAAACAAGGGCAAGAACAAGGUCACCGAGGACAAGGACCAAGCCAUUGUUGGGUCCUUACACCGCUUCGGGACGCUGUCCAAGCCAACCAUUCCCGAGGAUGACAAGAACAUCGAGACCAAGUCCAAGGGACUCCUCUACGCCGACGUAGAGAUAUACGGUAAGAUUGUUCCUGUCAUGUUUGAUACCGGUGCCUCACAUAAUUUUAUGGAUGCAGGAGAAGCUAAGAGGUUGAAACUCCGAGUGGACGGGAGUGGAGGAACGGUGAAGGCUGUCAACUCACCUGCCCAAAACGCGUCCGGCAUCGCCCGCGAUGUCCGGAUUCAGAUUGGGGAUUGGGUUGGGAAGACCGACUUCACCAUCCUCCCAAUGGACGACUUUCGGGUUGUGUUAGGACUUACGUUCUUCCGAUCCGUUAGCACGUUCAUUCCCGCAUCCACAACGACAUUGGUGAUCAUCGACAAGGACAAACCCACCAUCGUUCCUCUCAAAGCUGCUCCGACCGCAUCCUCAACCCUCACGGCCAUGCAAUUCAAGAGAGGAGUCAAAAACUCCGAGUCUUUCUUGGCCACUGUCCGGAACCUCAACCAAGGAGAAGAGACGGAUAUGCCGGAUCAACCAACGAUCCCGGCCGAGGUAAGGCAAGUGUUAAAUGAUUUUGCAGAUGUCAUGCCCGAGGAGCUUCCCAAGAAACUCCCUCCGAGACGUGGCAUUGAUCACGCCAUAGAGCUGAUCCCCGGAGCUAAACCACCAGCCAUGCCUCCUUACCGAAUGGCUCCUCCCGAGCUAGCUGAGCUCAAGAGGCAGCUAGAAGAUCUCCUAGAGGCCGGCUACAUCCAGCCUUCUAAGGCCCCCUAUGGCGCUCCCGUGCUCUUCCAAAAGAAGAAGGACGGAUCCCUAAGGAUGUGCAUUGACUACCGAGCUUUGAACAAGGUAACAAUCAAGAAUAAGUAUCCUAUUCCACUAAUAGCCGACCUGUUUGAUCAGCUCAAGGAUGCACGAGUGUUCUCCAAACUCGACUUGAGGUCGGGAUAUUAUCAAGUGCGCAUCGCCGAAGGAGAUGAACCAAAGACCGCGUGCACAACAAGGUAUGGUUCCUUCGAAUUCAAGGUAAUGCCCUUUGGCCUCACUAACGCUCCAGCUACAUUCUGUACCAUGAUGAACCAACUAUUCCAUGAAUAUCUUGACAAGUUUGUUGUGGUAUACCUAGACGAUAUUGUUGUGUAUAGCCGGAACCUAAGUGAGCAUGUAGGUCAUUUGCGGACUGUCUUGAGUGUUCUCCGAGACAAUGAGCUAUACAUCAAGCUUGAGAAGUGUAGCUUUGCCCAAAGAGAAGUGGAGUUUCUCGGCCAUUAUGUCAAGGAUGGACAGCUCUUGAUGGACCCAAAGAAGAUCCAAGCAAUCCGAGAGUGGGCUGUACCGAGGACUCUCCCACAGUUGCGAUCCUUCCUUGGAUUGGUCAACUACUACCGAAGAUUUAUCCUCGGGUACUCCUCGAUAGCAGCCCCUCUCUCGGACAUGUUGAAGAAGGACAGGAAGUGGCAAUGGACAGAGCAAUGCCAAGCAGCUUUCGACCGCCUUCGGACCAUUGUCUCCGAAGAACCCAUUAUGGUUUUGCCCGACAUCGAACUUCCGUCUCGUCCGAGAAAACCACGACCGUGA